GAUAAAACCUUGAAAUCAUCUCACCCACUCUCUCUAUCUCUCAUUCAUUCAUUCAUUCAUUCUUACAUUUCUAAGCCCACAUCUAUUGCAUGCUCUUUGCUUCAUCCCCUUCUUAUUCUUCUCCUUCAAACCACCACCACAACAACAUCAAUCACCAUAACUAUGGCUGUUGAUGCCACUUACAUGAAUAAUCUCUUGCCUUCUCAGUUACUUGUUAACAGGGAAAUAAUCAGACCUAAUAUUCAACAACAGCAGCAGAACCAGGUCUUGAAUAAUAAUUCAGCUAUGUACAAUAAUGCUCCUCAGAUGAAUUCAGCUUUGGUUCCAAGCAACAAUCAACAACAAUCUGUGAUGCAAUUCUUCUACCAAUCCAACAACAAUGUCUGCGAUCCAAAUAACAAAACAGAUAGUGGCCUCACUUUCCAUCAAAACAAUAACAACAUGGUUUCUCUCCAAAGGAAGCGUUCCAGAGACUUAUUCAUAUCCGAAUUAUUCACAGAACAACAACACAAGAAACAACAACAACAACAACCACCACCCUUCAUCAACCAAGAUGUUCUCUUCCAAUUUCAGAACCAAACUCAAUCCGAAAUCGACCGUGUACUCGCCCAUCAUACAGAGAAGGUGAGAAUGGAGAUGGAAGAACAGAAGAUUCGGCAAUCUCGGCUUAUCCUAAGCCUGUUACAAGAAACAAUGGCGAAGAAGCUGAAAGAAAAAGACGAAGAGAUUCAGAGAAUGGAGAAACUGAACAUGGCGCUUCAAGAGAGAGUUAAGAGCCUCUGCGUAGAGAACCAAGUAUGGAAGGAACUCGCUCACACAAACGAGACAACAGCCAAUUAUCUCCGAACAAACCUCGAACAGAUCCUCGCACAUGUCGGCACCGGCGCCGGCACCGACGACCACCGUCACGGCGGCGCCGAUGACGACGCAGAGUCAUGCUGUGGGAGCAAUGAUGAUAUUCUUAACAAGAACGAAAAAAAGUGUGGUUCGGCGGAGGAGGAGACGGCGGCGACGGCGGCGGUUGGCGGCGGCGGAGGAGGAGGAGAAGGGGUUAGUAGGAUGUGUAAGAGUUGUGGGGUUCGAGAAUCAAUAGUGCUGUUACUGCCAUGUAGGCAUUUGUGUCUUUGCACAAUGUGUGGGUCCAGUGUUCGGAAUUGCCCUGUUUGUGACUCUGGCAUGGAUGCUAGUGUUCAUGUUAAUCUCUCUUAGAUUUUCUUAAUCUUGUUUUUAUUACAUUCAAAUUAGGAUUAGAUAGUUUAAAACUAGACAUCAAUAGUUUUUUUUUUUUUUUUUGUGGGGUUAAUAGACAGUUUUAGAGAAGUAAAUCAAGGAAAAAU